AUGGAAUGCUCAAGAAUCGAAUUCGUGGCCACCGAGGUGGCAGGCAAAGACCACGCCAACUACACCACUGAGGUGCUCCCUGGUGGGGAUGUUCAACACCUGAAAGGGGUUUCAGGGGAUGUCCAACACCCAGAAGGGGUUUCAGGGGAUGUCCAACACCUAAAAGGAGUUUCAGGGGAUAUUCAACACCUAAAAGGGGUUUCAGGGGAUGUCCAACACAUAAUAGGGGUUUCAGGGGAUGUCCAACACCUACAAGGGGUUUCAGGGGAUGUCCAACACCUAAAAGGGGUUUCAGGGGAUGUCCAACACACAGAAGGGGUUUCAGGGGAUGUCCAACACCUAAAAGGAGUUUCAGGGGAUGUCCAACACAUAAUAGGGGUUUCAGGGGAUGUCCAAAACCUAAAAGGGGUUUCAGGGGAUGUCCAACACCUAAAAGGGGUUUCAGGGGAUGUCCAACACCUAAAAGGGGUUUCAGGGGAUGUCCAACACCUAAAAGGGGUUUCAGGGGAUGUCCAACACAUAAUAGGGGUUUCAGGGGAUGUCCAACACCUAAAAUGGGUUUCAGGGGAUGUCCAACACCUAAAAGGAGUUUCAGGGGAUGUCCAACACCUAAAAGGAGUUUCAGGGGAUGUCCAACACAUAAAAUGGGUUUCAGGGGAUGUCCAACACCUAAAAGGGGUUUCAGGGGAUGUCCAACACCUAAAAGGAGUUUCAGGGGAUGUCCAAAACCUAAAAGGGGUUUCAGGGGAUGUUCAACACCCAAAAGAGGUUUCAGGGGAUGUCCAAAACCUAAAAGGGGUUUCAGGGGAUUUCCAACACCCAAAAGGGGUUUCAGGGGAUGUCCAACAGCCAAAAUUGGUUUCAGGGGAUGUCCAACACCCAAAAUGGGUUUCAGGGGAUAUCCAAAACCUAAAAGGGGUUUCAGGGGAUGUUCAACACCCAAAAGGGGUUUCAGGGGAUGUCCAACGCCUAAAAGGGGUUUCAGGGGAUGUCCAACACCUAGAAGGAGUUUCAGGGGAUGUCCAACACCUAAAAGGGGUUUCUGGGGAUGUCCAACACCCAAAAGGGGUUUCAGGGGAUGUCCAACACCUAAAAGGAGUUUCAGGGGAUGUCCAAAACCUGAAAGGGGUUUAA